AUAUCACUUUGAUCAUUGCUUUGUACAUGUCCACCUCCUCCUCCUCCGCUUUUGACUCCUCCCACUCCCUCUAAUACUUCACUCCUCUCCUCUUCAUUCCUCCAUGUGAAAGCCUUCUGCUACCAAAGAUCACGUAAUAGCCUAGUCUUCUUUUGGAGAGAGAGAGAGAGAGAGAGAGAGAGAAUGUGGUACGAGGGAGGUGAAGCUGUGAACAAGAAGAAGGCAAUGUGGCUCUACCCGAAGGUAUCCGGGUUCAGCCCUUCUGAGAGAUGGGGCCAUUCUGCUUGUUUCUCUAAUGGCAACCUCUAUGUCUUUGGGGGAUGCUGUGGGGGCUUACACUUCAGCGAUGUGCUCGUUCUGAAUGUCGAGACGAUGGCGUGGCGCGCUCUCGAGACCACGGGACAGGGACCGGGCCCCAGAGACAGCCACAGCUCUGUCCUAGUUGGGCACAGGAUGAUAGUGUUUGGGGGGACGAAUGGCUCCAAGAAGGUGAAUGACCUGCACAUAUUGGACCUGAAGACGCGGGAGUGGACGCAGCCCGAGGUUCGCGGGAAACCGCCCUUCCCCCGGGAGAGUCACACAGCGACUCUCGCUGGGAAUGAUAAGAUCGUGAUCUUCGGGGGAAGUGGAGAAGGCGACGGGAACUACCUGAAUGACUUGCACAUAUUGGACCUUAAAACGAUGAGGUGGACUUCUCCGGAUACAAAGGGUCAGAUUCCGGUGCCCCGAGACAGUCAUAGUGCGGUCUCGAUCAAUAAUAAGCUAUUGGUUUAUGGUGGGGACUGUGGGGAUCGGUAUCAUGGAGAUGUCGAUGUUCUUGAUAUGGACACCAUGACAUGGUCGAAGGUGGGCUUGCAAGGACUGUCACCUGGUGUAAGAGCUGGCCACGGGGCUGUAAGUAUAGGGACGAAGGUCUAUGUGAUUGGAGGAGUAGGAGACAAGCAUUACUAUAGUGAUGUGUGGGUCCUCGACCUAACAACUUGUACAUGGAAUCGGCUAGAUAGUCGAGGUCAACAACCACAAGGCCGAUUUUCUCAUACAGCUGUGGUUGUGGGCAGUGAUAUUGCCAUCUAUGGCGGCUGUGGCGAGGAUGAACGUCCACUCAACGAGGUACUGGUCUUGCAGCUCAGAGAAGAUAGUCUAGACGGCCGUGAUGUCUCCUUGUGCGGAGCUGUCGGAAAACACUGGAAUCGAGAAAGUGCAAUCUCGCCAAUGAACGAUGUGCUAUGUGAGAAGAACGAAGUCCCAAGGAAAGCAGCUCUUGGCCAUUGCGUAUCUCCAGAUGCAUUGCAAUUGAAAAGGAGAAGAAUUGCGGGUUCAAGCACUUGGGAUGUCGAAUCAGAUCAAGAAGAGCAUUCCCUCUCGCUGUCUCAGAAUUCAUCGCCAUCGUUGUCCGAUCCUGAGCAAACUCCAGUCACCAAAGCCGCCGAGCCUGCCAAAGGCUUGGCUGGAUUUCAUUUCCUUAAGCAACUGAAUCAGAGCCGAGGCAACGAGCCAUCGAGUUUUAAUGCCUCAAAUGGUCAAAAAGAGUUCAGGAAAUGUGUCCGCAGAACUCCACCAGGAUUGCGCUGCGAUCCCAAACAGAUGCAUCCUGAGAUGUUGCCGGUGCAGAAUCUGAUUGGAGCCGAUGUUUGCGGUAAAGUUGAUGGAGCCUUCGACUCGGGUUACCUUGUAACAGCAAGUGUCAAUGGGAGAAUAUUCAGAGGAGUGCUCUUCGCUCCGGUAACAGCAGGACCUGCCAGCAUCUCGAGAGGAGCAGUUCCUGUUCGGCACCCUUCGCACCACGUCCCUCAGAUUCCUGCACCACACUCGUUCCAGAACCCGAGCCCGGUCAAUCCAUUCAUAAAGCGUUCUUCGGAGGUAAUGUCCCCUGAGCGAGGGCAGAUCAGCAGUAGUAGGCCUGCUCGGGCUGUCAUGGAGCCUAAGCACCGAAACGAUCUGCAAGGCGUGGUUCUAACACUUGGAGGACCCGGAAGCGGGAUCGACUAGCUAGUGUCAUAGACAAAAGAGCCUAAUUAGUAAUUACUUCUCAUCGGAAUCGAAUCCAAUGUUUGUUUAGAUAAGAAAGUAGGAUUGGAUUGGAAAGUUGAUUCUCCAUUAUCCUCUUCCUCCCUAUAAAUCAACUUUCCUGAAGAUUAAUCAAAAUGUCUGGUGAAACUGAGUUGAUAAUGUCAGCUUUUCUUUAAUUUUGGGGUCACUUCAGAGUUUCAUGUGAAUAAAGGAAGAUGGAAGAGAAAUUGGUUUUUGGGGGGGAGAGUGAGUGAGUGAGUGAGUGAGUGAAUGAAUCCUUUCCCGGCAGGCAUGACUGACUGAUAGCUAUCAAUCUUUGAUUUGCUUUGCUUUGCUUUGUCCACAGCUGGUUUUGCCUCAAACGACUGUACAUGACAAGCAAUUCUCUGCC